AUGCAUCCGAACCUUUUCCGCACAGCCGUGCUGAACUCCUCAGAGCGGCUGCCUCUCACCGAGCUCGGCCAGGAAGCAGCAACAGCCUUGAAAGCUGCAGCACAAAGUGUUUGCGUCUUUGAGAGCACCACAGCUGGCCUGGUCCAAGCAGCUCUUCAAGCUGCUCCUGGAGCCUCUGCCUUUACUACUUGUGGUGCUGUUACUUAUAGCAAGCAAAAGGCUUGGGCGGUCUUAGGGCCCGAAACGCUUUCGGCGCCAAGACCAGCCAACGGCGAAGCCUACAAGGAGUCCAAGAGGACCUGGACACAAACCAUUGCAAAGCUCAAACGCCGAGAGGUAGGUGCCACGUGGUGUCUUUGCGAGAGCGGCGCAUGUGGACCUAGCUUCACUUUCCCGGAGAUCUCCAAGGGAUUCACGGCGAUUUUUGUGUCCGGGCCAGUGGAGCGCGGAGUAUUUGUGGAGUCCAGCCACAAUGAUCGAGAAGCCAACAUGUGGGGCUUUGCCAAAUUGGCUCUCGAUUUGCUCGCAGAAUGUGUCAAUGAGGCCAAAGGACAAGAAACCUGCCAGGAGCCGGAAGACCGCCUACUAGUCGCCAGAGAGGAUCGUUAUGGUGGAGUGGAGCUCCUUGCCCGCCCAGGGCCAGUUGGAAUUUUUGAUGCUGAACUGCGGCAAGGUAUCAAGGAGUGGAAGGAGGCAGGAAAGAGGGGCCUUUGGCUAAAGAUUCCCACUGAGGCAGCAGCUUGUGUGGGUCCGGCCGUGGCACAGGGCUUCCGCUUUCACCAUGCCCGAGAGGAAUAUGCGAUGCUCACACAGUGGCUGGAGAGUUCACCAAGCCCUUUGCCCAAGUAUGGGUUUACUCAGGUCGGGGUUGGAGGUGUUGUGUUGAACAGCCAAGGUGAAGUGUUAAUGGUCCAAGAGAAGGUCUCACCACUGCCUCAAUUUCAAGGUAGCUGGAAGUUGCCAGGUGGUUUGGCCGACCCAGGCGAGGAUUUUGCAGAGACGGUUCUGCGAGAGGUGCAAGAGGAAACUGGGAUCACUGGAGAUCUUGUGGGUUUGGUGAGCCUACAACACUCCCACGGCUACCGCUUCGGACAAGACGAUCUCUACGUCCUUGUAAAGCUCAAAGCCAAGAAUGAGUCCAUUCGCAUCGACCCAGCAGAGUUGAGCGAUGCCAGAUGGAUGAGCGAAGAAGAAAUCAAGACACUGGUGGCUGACUCUACGGAUGCCUCCCGCAGCUUGGAUGGCAAGGCGGCUUGCGGCAAGCUUUGGGUCGAAGUCAUCCACUUCGGGAGCCCGCAGUUGCAGUACAACAUCUUCAUGCACCUGAGACUUUUCUCAGGUCUUUGCGACGCUGUCCUCACAGAGGGCACAAAUCCUAGGGAUCGAUGGCAUGAUUUGGCUCGAAAGGCCAAUUGUGUCUCUGAUCGCGUUGAGAAGCGGGAGGUUACAACAUGUAGAUCUCGACACCCUGGUGGGUUGGGCACAAUUGUUCAAGUGCUCCGAGCUUUGGCCGAUGCUGUGGAGGCCACGCCUGCAGAGCGCCGUCCCCUGGCGGAGAAGGUGCCAGACACGCAGGUGUCGGCAAAGAUAGAUACAAAACCAGAGGAGUCGAAGAAGACCUUCUUGAAGAAGAUGGUUUCUGCAAGUACUUUGUGGCCUCAGGUCCUGAAAGCUUUGCCUCCUCGGUCGCCUGCAGCACCUUCACGGAUCGUCGCAGUGCCAGCCGCUCGAACAAACUCCGCCCCAUUCGAUAUUUGA